CCCAGUCGCACAAUCAACCAGUGAGCUUCCCUGGUCAGCCACUCUGCUCCUCUCACCUUUGCCACACAUGCAUGAGGCAUGAGAGGAUACAAACGACGCUUCAUGGAACAGCCGACUUAGAAUUAUCGACAAGGAGGUUUUCAGAAGACAACGAGAGAACACUAUCAUCAAAAAUACUGCAUAGAGCACAAAGAGGAAUCCUCAGAAACGUUAGAAAGGCAUAGAAUUUAUGAGUAUAAAUACCCAUAGAAUUGGCCAGUAGAUCAUUAGAAGAUCUCUGAACUCUACAUAUUUUUCCUCACAGAGAAAUCACAGUGUCAAAAGCUGACGAUGUUUGAGUUUGACAGCAAUGACACUAUUUGGGACGUCUUCUUCCACUGCUCGGUGGAGCUGGACUACAAGGCCCGGCGCAUUGUCCUGUUCUUCGUCUACCUCGUCGCCUUCACGGUGGGCCUGCUGGUCAACAGCGUGGUGGUGUGGGUCAACUGGCAGAGGCGGCACUCGCGCAGCACCGACGUCUUCUGCACGCUCAACAUCUGCAUCUCGCACCUGAUGGUGAUGACCAUGAUGCCCAUCUUCCUGCUGGAGGUCAUGCUGGACUACGUGUGGGUGUGGGGCCAGUUCCUCUGCCGCUUCACCACCUUCAUCUACGAGUUCAACUACUACAGCACCUCCUUCUUCCUGGCGUACAUGUCGGUGGAGCGCUACCUGGCGCUCGCCCGGGCCAGCGGCGGCACGGCGUCGGCGAGGCCUCCGAGGCAGUGGGGCCCGGCGGAGAAGCAGCGUCGGCUGCUCAUCUGCGCCGGGUUCUGGACCUUCGCCUUGCUGCUGACGCCGCUGCUGGUGUCCAACGUCCAGCUGGUAGAGUACCACUCGCCCGGCUGCUAUCUCGCGCCCGAGAAGGACUACGUCGCCUGGGUGGUGGUCAUCACCAUGACCUCCAUGAUCUUCCAGUUUCUGAUCCCCGGGGGUAUCAUCAUCACCUGCAACUGGCUCACCGUGCAGACCCUGAAGAAGUCGCCGGAGCUUCAGACAUCCUACAACCUCAACACAAACAUGUUUCACUUCUACUCAGUCGCAUUCGUUGUGUGCUGGCUACCAUAUCACCUGGUCAAUCUUCUAAUAAUGGUGGACGACCUUAACCCACUUAUACUAAACUGUGACUCCACAAACUCAAUAUACUUUUCCCUCAACGUGCUGUUUUCCUUCACCCACCUCCACUACAUCGCCAACCCGGUCCUCUACAACUUCUUGAGCCCCAGCUUCCGUAGAAGCCUCUGGAGAGCGGUGGCUCGCUGCGUCAGAAAGGAGGCGACGCCGAUCCAUGUGGAGGACGAUGUAGACGGCGAAGGAAAAUACAAGCCUCAAAACGCUAGCGUGAGAAAGACGAGCAAUGCUAGCACCAGUCAGUCAGACAUGGCCUCCUAGAGUUCUAACAAGGUUAACAAGCAAGGAGUUGAAAGAAAAGCAAAUUAGUGCUUGAAAAAAACAGACAAGCAAGAACAUGUAAUGUGAGAUCAAUUUAGAGAAUCUAUUUAGUCUUCAUUAUCCACUAAUUCAACAUGUUAACAUAUUUCCAGUUGAAUGCUAUUGUGAUAGCAAUCAGGUCUCUGUUACCGGUGUCUCUGUUGCCUGACCUUUCAGUGUAGGCUACUAUUUUGUCUUGGUCAUAAGAUUUUGCAAAAUCAAAUAGAUAGGUAACACUUCCUUAUGUUUAGACAGACUACAGACUACUAGCUGAAUACACUAGUUUAAUGGUCGGUUGUAAUCUGGCCUUUUUUAUCUGUAAUGAUAUCACUUUAUUUUCCUAUUUGUUUGAAAUAUAUUGUCCUAUCAUUUUGCCUUUCACUCUAUACUGUACAUUAUAUCAAAAACAAAAACAAUUAUUUUUCUUGGAUGUCAUUUGGGCCCCCACUGUCGAUUGUCGACAAGGCAGCACUGCCUGGAAGGCACUAGG